CCCCAAAUUGAAAGGACUUUCCAACCUAAAGCAGAACAACUCAAAGAAAUCCCACUUUUACUACAACAUCCUCCAAGUCCAAGAAGCAAAGCAAUAAUUAAAAAACCCACUCCGUAUCAAAUCUCGAAAUCCUUAAAACCACGUAAAUGAUCUGUUACCAAGAAUUCCAGUCACCAAAUUCUUCAAAAUCCCACUCGGUUCAUUCGAGUAAAAGUGGACUACGGACCAAGUUUAUGAUGAAAUGAGCAACACAUUCAGAUAGCCCCUGUUCCCAAAAUUUCCCCUCUGGACAUACUACCCCGUAAUUCGUCGGAGUAUCUGAGAAAUUUUCUCGCGGAGUUGGAGUUCAAGUGAAGUUAGUACCAAGUUGUUUCAACUUUGACCAAUAUGACUGCUUCAGGGAGGAGAGGAACACAUGGGAAUAAUCAUCAAAAUUCUCGAGCUUUAUCUCAAGCUCAGUCUUCAGGUACAUCCCCUCAUCAUAAUAGCAACGUUAAUAAUAGUCCAAGCAUGAACAGAGGCGGGGAUUCUAUGAGCAAGGCUGUGGCACAAUUCACUGUAGAUGCUCGACUUCAUGCGGUUUUCGAGCGAUCCGGUGAGUCUGGUAAAUCCUUUGAUUAUUCACAAAGUGUUAGGACCACUAAUGAAUCUGUUCCUGAGCAGCAGAUCACUGCAUAUCUGUCGAAAAUGCAGCGCGGCGGCCAUAUUCAACCUUUUGGUUGCAUGAUAGCCGUCGACGAGGUGAAUUUUCGGGUAAUUGGGUAUUCAGAAAACGCCCGCGAAAUGCUGGGCUUGACGCCUCAGUCCGUCCCAAGCCUUGAAAGGCCGGAAAUUUUGACAAUUGGGACUGAUGUCAGGACCCUUUUCACACCCUCCAGCUCUGUGUUGCUCGAGAGGGCUUUUGGAGCAAGGGAGAUUACACUGUUGAAUCCUAUUUGGAUUCAUUCGAAGAAUUCGGGAAAGCCCUUUUAUGCAAUUUUGCAUAGGAUAGAUGUGGGGAUUGUAAUUGAUUUAGAGCCUGCGAGGACUGAGGACCCCGCACUUUCUAUCGCGGGUGCUGUCCAGUCGCAGAAGCUCGCAGUGAGAGCCAUUUCCCAUCUGCAGUCACUUCCUGGUGGCGAUAUUAAGCUUUUGUGUGAUACUGUAGUUGAGAGUGUCAGGGAGCUCACAGGGUACGAUCGGGUUAUGGUUUAUAAGUUUCAUGAGGAUGAGCAUGGUGAGGUUGUGGCAGAGAGCAAGAGAGCAGAUUUAGAGCCGUACAUUGGUUUGCAUUAUCCUGCCACAGAUAUUCCACAGGCCUCAAGGUUUUUGUUUAAGCAGAACAGGGUUAGGAUGAUUGUGGAUUGUCAUGCCACUACUGUUAAGAUCGUCCAGGAUGAAGCACUAACACAACCCUUGUGUUUGGUUGGUUCCACGCUUAGGGCUCCUCAUGGUUGCCACGCCCAGUACAUGGCAAAUAUGGGGUCUAUUGCCUCACUGACAUUGGCCGUUAUCAUUAAUGGAAAUGAUGAAGAUGGUAUUAAAGGAAGACAUUCAAUGCUAUGGGGCUUGGUUGUUGGCCAUCACACAUCUGCGCGAUACAUUCCCUUCCCGCUUCGUUAUGCUUGUGAAUUCCUGAUGCAGGCAUUUGGGCUUCAACUGAAUAUGGAAUUACAGUUGGCAUCACAAUUGUCGGAGAAACGUGUUCUAAGGACACAAACGCUGUUGUGCGAUAUGUUGCUUCGGGACUCUCCUACUGGGAUUGUUACACAGAGCCCUAGUAUCAUGGACCUAGUGAAAUGUGAUGGGGCCGCUCUGUACUACCAGGGGAAAUAUUAUCCUCUUGGUGUCACACCUACUGAGGCGCAGAUCAAGGAUAUUGUGGAAUGGUUGCUGGCAUUCCAUGGAGAUUCAACAGGUUUGAGUACCGAUAGUCUAGCUGAUGCUGGGUAUCCUGGGGCAGCCUCUCUAGGUGAUGCUGUUUGUGGAAUGGCUGUUGCAUAUAUCACUUCAAGAGAUUUUUUGUUCUGGUUCCGUUCCCACACAGCAAAAGAGAUCAAAUGGGGUGGCGCAAAGCAUCAUCCAGAGGACAAAGAUGAUGGCCAACGGAUGCAUCCCCGUUCUUCAUUUAAGGCAUUUCUGGAAGUGGUCAAGAGCAGGAGUUUGCCAUGGGAGAAUGCAGAAAUGGAUGCAAUUCACUCAUUGCAGCUAAUUUUGAGAGAUUCAUUUCGAGAUGCUGAUGGAAGCAACUCUAAGGCAGUAGUACAUGCCCCGAUUGGGGACUUGGAGUUACAAGGAAUGGAAGAACUGAGUUCUGUUGCAAAAGAAAUGGUUAGGCUGAUAGAGACCGCAACAGCUCCUAUAUUCGCCGUAGAUGUUGAAGGCCGCAUAAAUGGGUGGAAUGCAAAAGUUGCGGAAUUAACUGGACUCUCUGUAGAAGAAGCAAUGGGAAAGUCAUUGGUUCGUGAUAUUGUUCACAAACAAUCAGAAGAACUUGCUGACAAGCUUCUAUUUAAUGCUUUAAGAGGUGAGGAAGAUAAGAAUGUAGAAUUGAGGUUGAGGACAUUUGGCACCGAACAUCACAGAAAAGAUGUAUUCUUGGAGGUCAAUGCUUGCUCUAGCAAGGACUAUACAAACAAUAUAGUUGGUGUAUGCUUUGUUGGUCAGGACAUUACUGGCCAGAAAGUGGUAAUGGACAAGUACAUCCACAUUAAAAGUGAUUACAAGGCUAUUGUACACAGUCCCAAUCCUCUUAUUCCACCUAUAUUUGCUUCGGAUGAAAAUGCCUGUUGCUCUGAGUGGAACACGGCUAUGGAAAAGCUCACUGGCUGGAGUAGAGUGGACAUGAUUGGGAAGAUGUUAGUUGGGGAGAUCUUUGGAAGUUGCUGUCAGCUCAAGGGCCCAGAUGCCAUGACAAAAUUUAUGAUUGCCUUGCACAAUGCAAUUGGAGGCCAGGAUACUGACAAGUUCCCGUUUUCCUUUUUCGACAGAAGUGGGAAAUACGUGCAAGCUCUCCUGACAGCAAACAAGAGGGUAAAUAUAGAUGGGCAGAUAAUUGGUGCCUUUUGCUUCUUGCAGAUUGCAAGCCCUGAAUUGCAGCAGGCUCUGAUAGUCCAGAGGCAACAGGAAAAGAAGUGUCUUUCGAAGAUGAAAGAGCUGGCUUAUAUUUGUCAGGAAAUAAAGAACCCAUUAAGUGGUAUACGUUUCACCAAUUCACUCUUGGAAGCCACAAAUUUGACAGAAGAUCAAAAGCAGUUUCUUGAGACCAGUGCUGCUUGUGAGAAGCAGAUUUUAAAGAUUAUGAAGGAUGUUGAUCUGGAAAGCAUUGAGGAUGGAUCAUUAGAGCUCGAGAUGGUAGAAUUUGUACUUGGGAGUGUUAUUGACGCUGUGGUUAGCCAAGUAAUGUUAUUGCUGAGAGAAAGAGGCCUGCAGUUGAUCCGAGACAUACCGGAGGAAGUCAAGACACUGGCGGUCUAUGGUGAUCAAGUUAGAAUUCAGCAGGUCUUGGCUGAUUUCCUACUGAGCAUGGUCCGUUGUGCACCUCCUCCAGAAGGUUGGGUAGAAAUUCAACUCAGACCAAGUUUAAAGGAAGUUUCUGAAGGAGUGACCAUCGUGCACAUCGAGUUUAGGAUUGUGUGCCCGGGUGAAGGUCUUCCACCUGAACUGGUCCAAGACAUGUUUCACAGCAGUCGAUGGGCGACUCAGGAAGGCCUAGGACUAAGCAUGUGCCGAAGAAUUUUGAAGCUUAUGAAAGGAGAAGUACAAUAUAUCAGAGAAUCAGAAAGAUGUUAUUUCCUUAUCGUACUUGAUCUGCCCGUGCAGCAUAGAGGUUUGAUGAAUAUUGGCUGAUCUGGACAUAACUCACUCUUUUCUACAAAUAUGUAUGUAUGUAUAUUCUAACGGAGAAGAAUGCUAGAUUUGUUGCUUCUGAGACACUUUUGGCAGACGGCCUGCAGGCAAGUCUUGUAACGGGUAUUUGCUGAUAAUAAUCCAGUACUGAGCAUUGUUGUUGUAAACUAGGGCUGAUCUUGAUAUCCGAAAAUGGGUGUUCUUGUUGAUAUAUUUUGAAAUAUACACCUU